CCGGCCUCGCUUGCUGCCUGGCUGGGCGCUCCUUGGGGUUUGCCUGCCGCGUGAGGAGACGCCGUCGCCAUCAUGCCGGUCUAUUUCCAGCGGCCCGAGAACGCCCUGAAGCGGGCGAACGAAUUUCUUGAGGUUGGGAAGAAGCAACCUGCUCUUGAUGUUCUCUACGAUGUUAUGAAAAGUAAAAAACAUCGAACAUGGCAAAAGAUCCACGAGCCGAUUAUGCUGAAGUACCUGGAGCUCUGCGUGGACCUCCGCAAAAGCCACCUGGCAAAAGAAGGGUUAUAUCAAUACAAGAAUAUCUGCCAGCAGGUGAACAUCAAGUCCUUGGAAGAUGUAGUCCGAGCCUAUUUAAAACUAGCAGAAGAAAAAACCGAAGCUGCCAAAGAAGAAUCUCAGCAGAUGGUGCUUGAUAUAGAAGAUCUGGAUAAUAUUCAGACUCCAGAGAGUGUUCUCCUAAGUGCUGUAAGUGGUGAAGACACUCAAGAUCGUACUGAUCGGCUACUUUUGACACCCUGGGUUAAAUUUCUAUGGGAGUCAUACAGACAAUGCCUGGACCUUCUCAGAAACAAUUCUAGAGUGGAGCGCCUCUACCAUGAUAUUGCACAACAAGCUUUCAAGUUCUGUUUGCAAUACACUCGUAAGGCUGAAUUUCGCAAACUCUGUGACAAUCUAAGGAUGCAUUUGGGUCAGAUUCAGCGGCAUCACAAUCAGAGUACAGCCAUCAACCUGAAUAAUCCAGAGAGUCAGUCAAUGCACUUGGAAACCAGGCUUGUACAGCUGGACAGUGCUAUCAGCAUGGAGCUAUGGCAGGAAGCCUUCAAAGCAGUGGAGGAUAUACAUGGACUGUUCUCAUUGUCCAAAAAACCUCCAAAGCCCCAGCUGAUGGCAAAUUAUUACCACAAAGUUUCCACUGUAUUCUGGAAAUCGGGAAAUGCACUUUUUCAUGCUUCCACGCUUCAUCGUCUUUACCAUCUCUCAAGGGAGAUGCGAAAGAAUCUCACACAGGAUGAGAUGCAGAGGAUGUCAACAAGAGUCCUCUUGGCCACUCUCUCAAUCCCCAUAACUCCUGAACGAACUGACAUUGCUCGUCUUUUGGACAUGGAUGGCAUAAUUGUCGAAAAGCAACGGCGAUUAGCAACACUUCUAGGACUUCAAGCUCCUCCUACACGGAUCUCUCUUAUUAAUGACAUGGUGAGAUUUAAUGUAGUACAGUAUGUUGUCCCAGAAGUGAAGGAACUGUAUAACUGGCUUGAAGUAGAUUUUCACCCGCUGAAGUUAUGUGGUCGUGUUUGUAAGGUUCUAAACUGGGUAAGAGACCAAUCUGAAAAAGAAUCAGAACUGCAGUUGUAUAUCCCUCAUCUGCAAAACAAUACCAUCCUCAGAUUGCUUCAGCAGGUGGCCCAAAUUUAUCAAAGCAUCGAGUUUUCUCGUUUGACUACUCUGGUUCCUUUUGUUGAUGCUUUCCAACUGGAACGUGCAAUAGUAGAUGCAGCCAGGCAUUGUGACUUGCAAGUUCGUAUUGAUCACACUACUCGAACUCUGAGUUUUGGAUCAGAUUUGAAUUACUGCACUCGGGAAGAUGCUCCUCUUGGACCACAGCUGCAAAGCAUGCCUUCUGAGCAGAUCAGGAACCAGUUGACUGCUAUGUCUUCUGCCCUUGCAAAGGCUCUUGAAGUGAUUAAACCACCUCACCUGUUGCUAGAGAAGGAAGAGCAACAUCAACAGGCUGUUACAGCUUACUUAAAAAAUUCAAAGAAAGAACAUCAGCGUAUCCUUGCUCGACGUCAGACUAUAGAGGAAAGAAAGGAACGCCUUGAGAAUUUGAAUAUUCAGCGUGAAAAAGAAGAGAUGGAACAGCGUGAAGCUGAACUUCAGAAGGUUCGCAAAGCUGAGGAGGAGAGACUGCGGCAGGAGGCAAAAGAGAGAGAAAAGGAGCGCAUUCUGCAGGAACAUGAACAAAUUAAAAAGAAAACUGUUCGUGAACGGCUGGAGCAGAUUAAGAAGACUGAACUGGGAGCCAAGGCCUUCAAAGAUAUUGAUAUUGAAGAUCUUGAAGAAUUGGAUCCAGAUUUCAUUAUGGCAAAACAGGUUGAACAGCUGGAGAAAGAAAAAAAGGAACUUCAAGAGCGUCUGAAGAAUCAGGAGAAAAAGAUUGACUAUUUUGAAAGAGCAAAGCGUUUAGAAGAAAUCCCCCUAAUUAAGAGUGCCUAUGAAGAACAAAGAGUCAGAGAUAUGGAGCUUUGGGAGCAGCAAGAAGAAGAGAGGAUUACAACCAUGCAGUUGGAGCGUGAAAAGGCCCUUGAGCAUAAAGGCAGACUGUCAAGGAUGCUGGAGGAGAGAGAUUUAUUUGAAGCUAGGCUCAAGGCAGCAAGGAAAUCUGUUUAUGAGGAAAAACUUAAACAAUUUCAAGAAAGACUAGCAGAGGAAAGGCAUAACCGUUUGGCGGAACGGAAGAGACAGCGCAAAGAGGAAAGACGUAUUACUUAUUACCAAGAGAAGGAGGAAGAAGAACAAAGACUGAAAGAGGAGAAGAUGCUUAAAGAACAAGAAGAGAAAGAACGUGUUGAACGUGAAAAACGUGAGCAAGAAAUGCUUGAAUAUCAGGAACGAGUCAGAAAACUAGAAGAAGUGGAGAGGAAGAAACGCCAAAGAGAACUGGAGAUUGAAGAGAGGGAGCGUCGUCGAGAGGAAGAGAGGAGAAAUCUUGAAGAUCCACUUUCAAGAAAGGAGUCUCGAUGGGGAGACAGAGAGUCUGAAAGUACUUGGAGAAGAAGUACUGAGCCAGAGUCAGAAUGGAGACGUCCAGCACCAGAAAGAGAGUGGCGUCGUGGGGAAGCACGUGAUGAAGAAAAACCUUUCAGGAAAGACGAAGCAACUCUACGUGGCACUCCAGAAGAAAGGGCAUCAUCCCCCACUGAAGCACCAGAAGAAAAAGUCCUGAAGCAUGAUCCGGAUGAAGAAAAAGGUCCUAAGAGAGCCCUGGAUGAUGACAAACCUAGUUGGCGCUCCAUGGGUGAUGACCGCGGCCCGAGGCGGGGGCUGGAUGAUGACCGGGGCCCGAGGCGGGGGCUGGAUGAUGACCGGGGCCCAAGGCGGGGGCUGGAUGAUGACCGGGGCCCAAGGCGGGGGCUGGAUGAUGACCGGGGCCCGAGGCGGGGGCUGGAUGAUGACCGAGCAAGUUGGCGCAGCGCAGAUGAUGAGAAGGGCCCCAGGCGGGGGAUGGAUGAUGACUGGGCCCCCAGGCGGGGGCUGGAUGAUGACCGGGCCCCCAGGCGGGGGAUGGAUGAUGACUGGGGCCCCAGGCGGGGGCUGGAUGAUGACCGGGGCCCCAGGCGGGGGCUGGAUGAUGACCGGCCUAGUUGGCGCAACACUGAUGAGGACAGGGCCCCCAGGCGGGGGCUGGAUGAGGACAGGGGCCCCAGGCGGGGGCUGGAUGAGGACAGAAUUUCAAGACGUGAUGAAGAUAGGGGACCAUGGCGUAAUGUAGAUGAGGAUAGAAUUUCAAGACGUGAUGAUGAUCGUGGACCCAGGCGUGCUGGUGAUGAUGACAGAGGUCCUAGACGUGCAGACGAUUCUAGACGUGGAGAUGAUUCCAGAUCUGGACCUUGGAGACCAUUUGGUAAACCAGGUGGAUGGAGAGAAAGAGAAAAAGCCCGUGAAGAUAGCUGGGGGCCUCCCCGAGACUCCAGGCCUUCAGAAGAUCGGGAAUGGGAUAGAGAUAAAGAUAACGAUGAGAAUGAAAAGGACCGAGAGCUUGACAAAGAUCGUGACUUUGAUCGGGAAGAUCGCUUCAAGCGUCCUAGGGAUGAUCCUGGCUGGAGGAGAGCCCCAGCUGAAGAAACCUCCAGCUGGAGAGAGUCAGGUCGUCGUGAUGAAUGGGAUCGACCUGGUCGUGACUCUAGAGAUGACCGGAGUAGCCGUGACCUUCGAGAUCGACGUGGUGAGGAGAGAGAAAGGAGAGGGCCACCACCUCCCAGAACAGAUCGGGAAGAAAUGAGCUCCUGGAGACGGGGCGAUGACAGAAGGGAAGAGCGCGAAGAACGUGAAACAGUUCGACGACUGCCUGGUCCAGCUACUCCUCCUGUCUCAAAAGAGAGAGACAAAGAUGGUGAGAAAGAGAAGGGAGCCUGGAGAACCGAAAAAGAGAGAGAAUCCCUUCGUCGCACUAAAAAUGAAACUGAUGAAGAUGGUUGGACCACUGUGCGACGUUAAGUUUAAAACCUAAACAUGGUUUUAAUAUGGUGUUUAGCAUUGAUUUGAGAACAGAAUAUAACAUUGGUGCUUUAACACUCUCAAUUGGUAUUCUUUAACAAAAUUUUCUAGGUAAUGUGGAGGCAUGAAAUUCUAUUACUUGUAUGUAGACUGAUCAUGCACAGAACUUGCAAUUAAAAGUUGGAAAUUAAAUACUGGUUAUGCGAAACUUCAAAUGUUGUAUAUGUCACAGAUCACUUGGUGGUAAGAAAUAAUAAUUAAAAUAACCCUGUAGGUAUCUUUGAAUGGCACGUAUAUCUGUCAAAAACAAACCUAAUCUUUAUUUUGUGUAGCUCUGAACUUGGGUAUAGUCUGCAAAGCAUAUAUUUAUAAUUAUAUAAAUUCAUGCUUUGAAAGGACCAUAUAGUCUAAAACGGACAUAAGAAAGAGCACCUUCCUGUUUGCGUAUUUUUAUGGCAAGAGGUUUUUUUGCUGGUGAUAAUUCACACAUUCAAUAUGUGUUAAUUUAGAUUGCAUUCAGUAAUUGUUAUGGACCCCUAGCUACACUGGGAUUUUUUUUUCCCUUUUGGAGAUUUCACAUGAAUGCAUAUACUUUUCAAGCCCGUUUGCAGUCUUUAUUCUGACAGUGAAUGUCACUGCAGUGUCAGAAAAACAAAAUGUAAGGCUUUAAAAUGAAAGCAUAUUGCUGAGCCCCCCCGGUUGGCAAAAGACUAUCUGCUUUUUCUGUUAUGAAUAAUUCAUGCCUUUUGAAGCAUUUCUAUAUAGUGUCAUAUUUCAGAUAUGUGGUCUGGAGGAACUGCUUACUUUUUCCUUACUUCCCAGUUUCUUGUCUUUGGGGGGGUAAGUGCUUUACCUUUAAACAAGUGCUUUGUAGUAAGGGCUGGGUUGACUUCAAUGGUGUGUGUGUGUGAAGUAGCACAUGAAUGAUUGUUUUUAAUUGAAGCCAACACAGAACUUGCUGCUGUGUGUUAACUUCAAUGAUAAAUAAACUUAACAAAAUAAGGCACUGUUUUGCUGUGGCCU